UGCGUCGACUGAAUCGACUGAACCGGCUCCAUCGACUCAAGCACCGGCCAUAGUUGACAACGGGCCUUUGUCUGACGUCUCGACGUCGACUCCAACUCCCACUCAGCUGAGUACUCCAGCCAGUACAGUGCCAGCGUCUACAAUCGCCUCUGUAGUCCAAGGAGACCCGACCAUGCUACAACAAGAUGUAUUUGUCCCGCUACCAACGGGACCUGUGCCCUCGAGCGUCACGUCGAGGAACGAUCAUCCGGUGCCCAGGGAGGGGAUCACCAAUUCUACGGGCCCCGUUGAGACGAACAAGUUCUACGCGGGAUUCUUUCUCGGUUCACAGUCGAACGUAACGUUCACCCAUCCGUAUUCCAUGGCGUGGUCAAAGGGCGGUGGUAUGACCAAGAGCUGGGGGUUGGCCAUCUCGCACAUCGAGUCAAAUCUGCUCGCAAUGGGCCCGGCAGACUCUCGCCUCCCCGGAAACCCGGCGUCCUACUACAUCAACCCGAUCGGGAUUCAGUCCCUGGUCUUGUCCGCUGCGGAAUUGGACACGUCAACCGUGCUGACGACGGACAACCCGAUGGCCUUCUCCGCUCACAUCUCCCUGCAGCCACAAGCCGGAUCGUCGCAGAAAAUCACAUUUCCCCUGGUUCAGGGGAUGGCCUUUGUGACAGGCAUCUACACCAACCUGACGCCUGUGAUUGAAAGCGGCGUAGGGUUUCUCAAGCUCGUCACGGCCGGGUCUCCCCGCUCGGGGAUCUUCAAGUACCAGGCGACUCUAGAAGAUGGAACAUCAUGGCUCAUUUACGUGACACCAUCAAUCGGGGGAGCUGAUCCUAACUUGAACUUGACCUCCAACUCUGCGAUACGUGGGCCCGCGGGAUUCACCGGUACAGUUCAAGUAGCCAAGAACCCGGCCGGCACGCUGGGCGAAAAGUUCUACGACAACUCGUCCGGCGUGUACCCGGUGGAGGGCAGCGUGGCCGGGAGUGUGUCUGCCACGACAGGCACUUACGCGCUGACAUGGAAGAAGGCCGGUAAAAACGUGGACAGUACGCCGUUGCUGAUGUACGCGCUGCCGCACCAUGUGGAAUCCUUCGACAACAGCACGAGCGGGCGCGUGGUGAACAUGCACCUGCGGACAUCGACCAAGGGCAACGCGACGGCGGUGGUGGGUGAGUCGUGGGUGAUGACCGAGGCGGAUCUACCGAUGGAUAUGGGGUUUGCACCCUGGACGCCCGCCAAGGGCAGUGUGCGGGUGCUAUCGAGCACGGCGCAACAGGCGGUGCUUGCAGCAGCCCCGACGGAGCUGCAGCAGGACGUGAUUGCGCAGUCGGACCUGGACAGCAUGUACUUCAGCGGCAAGGUGCUGAGCAAGUUUGCGACGCUGGUGUACACGGUGAGCCAGCUGGGCCAGGACCCGACGAGCGCGGCGACAGCACUGGCGAACCUGAAGACCAGCUUCGCACGGUUCAUCAACAACCAGCAAAAGUUCCCCCUGGUGUACGAUGCGGUGUGGCACGGGGUGGUUUCGUCGGCCAGCUACGGGGGCGACUCCGGGGCCGAUUUCGGCAACACAUACUACAACGACCACCACUUCCACUACGGGUAUUUCAUCCAUGCGGCGGCGAUCAUCGGGGCGCUGGACCCGAGCUGGCUGACGGCCAACAAGGACUGGGUCAACAUGCUGGUGCGGGAUGCAGGCAACGCCGCCGCAGACGACCCGUACUUCCCCUUCUCGCGGUCCUUUGACUGGUUCCACGGCCACUCGUGGGCGAAAGGGCUGUUUGAGUCGUCGGACGGCAAAGACCAGGAGUCCACGUCGGAGGACGUCAUGUUCGCCUAUGCGCUCAAGAUGUGGGGGAAGACGAUUGGCGAUGCGAGCAUGGAGGCCCGCGGUAACCUCAUGUUGGGGGUUCUGCGGCGCUCCCUGCGCAACUACUUCCUCCUCGAGAGUACUAAUGAAAACCAACCGGGAGGGUUUGUUGGUAAUAAAGUGACUGGCAUUCUAUUUGAAAACAAAGUCGACCACACCACGUACUUUGGCAAUAAUCUUGAAUACGUGCAAGGGAUUCAUAUGCUCCCCCUCCUUCCCAGUUCAGCGUAUGUGCGCCGAACGAGCUUCGUGGCAGAGGAAUGGAACGCCAUCUUCGCCGCCAACGCAUCCGACCCGGCGGCCAACGUCGUCGGGGGGUGGAAGGGGGUGAUCUACGCGAACCUGGCGCUGAUCGAUCCGGUCUCUUCCUACAACUUUUUUGCCCAGUCCAAUUUUGAUUAUAGUUGGAUCGACGGGGGGGCGUCUCGCACAUGGUACUUGGCGUAUGCAGCCGGUAUGUCUUGUCAUCAUACCUUGCCUAGGUAUAUUUGGCUAAUUCAUUGCAGGUCUCGGCGGUGCAUAAUCGUCUCUCUCUCUCUCUCUCUCUCUCUCUCUCUCUCUCUUUCUUCUUCUCUUUCUCUCUCUUUCUUCGCUCCUGGCUCUUCUGAUUUUGGCAGUAACUAAUAUAUAGACUCUAGAUGGAUGGAUUACAUUGGCAUGGACUCGCAUACUCUAGUACCCAGUACCUACUAUUGUACUAUUGUACUAUGUACUAUGUACUAUGUACUAUUGUGCUAUUAUAGAUAUCUACAGACUAAACCCCCUAUGGCCUAGUGUGGCUCGCGAGUCAGUGACGUCCUAAAUAGGCUAGUCUCUUAGUCAGGUCUGAUUACAUAAAAAUGACGUCAUCAUCUCACUUUGUUUACAUCCAUAGUGAGUCCCAGGAGAGCUGUCAUCUUGGGACCUCUGAUAAAGGAGAGAAAUAUAAUAACUAGAGAGCUCAUACUCAACUCUCUCUCUUUAUGACAUUACGACUCUAUCUAUAAUUAUAUUAUAUCUCUACUCAGUACUCCGCAAACAAA